CUUGCAGAACGUGCCUGCUACCCCAGUACGAGGGGAGAUAAUUACGGAGUGAGAAGCGUCCUUCGCGAGUGGGGGAGAAACGCUGGAUUUAAACCUCUCCCCGCCAGCUUGAGAGCCACCGGGGAAGGGGAGCGAGGCGAGGGGGAGGCGGGGAAAAAAACAACAACGACAACAACGCUCCGAGAAGAAAACAAAAAUGCACCGAUCUAUCUCUUGGGUGAUCUUCGCUGGGCUGGCUGCGUUAUUCCUCUUCCAAGGAGUGCCCGUGCGCAGCGGAGAUGCCACCUUCCCCAAAGCUAUGGACAACGUGACCGUCAGACAAGGGGAGAGUGCCACCCUCAGGUGCUCCGUGGAUAACAGAGUCACUCGAGUGGCCUGGCUGAACCGCAGCAGCAUCCUCUACGCUGGCAAUGACAAAUGGUGUUUGGACCCCCGGGUGGUGCUCAUGUCCAACACCAAAACUGAGUACAGCAUCCAGAUCCGGGAUGUGGACGUGUAUGAUGAGGGGCCCUACACCUGCUCCGUUCAGACAGACAAUCACCCCAAAACGUCACGGGUGCAUCUCAUUGUGCAAGUGUCUCCCAAAAUUGUUGAGAUCUCUUCCGAUAUCUCCAUCAACGAAGGCGGCAACAUCAGCCUCACCUGUAUAGCCACGGGCAGACCGGAUCCUACAAUCACCUGGAGGCACAUCUCCCCCAAAGCUGUGGGUUUCGUGAGCGAAGACGAAUACCUGGAGAUCACGGGGAUCACCCGGGAGCAGUCUGGCGAGUACGAGUGCAGCGCAUCCAAUGACGUGGCAGCUCCCGUCGUCCGGAGAGUGAAAGUCACCGUGAACUACCCGCCGUACAUCUCAGACGCCAAGAGCACCGGGGUGCCCGUGGGGCAGAAGGGCAUUCUUCAGUGCGAAGCCUCCGCCGUCCCCGCCGCAGAAUUCCAGUGGUACAAAGACGACAAAAGGCUGGUAGAAGGACAGAAAGGGGUGAAAGUUGAAAGCAAAGCCUUCUUCUCCAGACUGACCUUCUUCAACGUCUCCGAGCAGGACUACGGGAACUACACCUGCGUGGCCUCCAACAAGCUAGGAAAUACCAACGUCAGCAUCAUCCUGUACGAAAUAAGUGAGCCCACAAGCUCAACCUUGUUCCAAGAAGAGACAACUACAGCCCUGACACCCUGGAAAGGCCCCGGAGCAGUGCAUGAUGGGAACAACGGCACAUCAAGAAGAGCUGGCUGCAUUGGGCUGCUUCCCCUCCUGCUGUUGCAUCUGCUUCUCAAGUUUUGACCCAAGUGCUGAUUCUGCGGAGUAGUGACAACCACAGCAACAAGAAGAAGAGAAAGUAUAACAUUUUAAAAAGAAAAAUAAGCGUUAUAAUAAAGAGAAUGUAUUACCAGAAAAUCUGAGGGGGAGAGAGAGAGGGGGAAAAAAGGGAAUUUUGAAAAAAAAAAUCCAUUUUUUUCUCGCUGAAUUUUUGACACGGCUGAAUCUUUUUCUUUCUUUCUUUCUCUUUUUUUUUUCUUUUUAUUUUUUUCUUUCUGCAAUGGACAAGUGUGCCGGUACCAAGGACCAACCAGUACAUUUGGCUGAACGGUUCCCCCCGCUCCCUCACCACAUCCCUCAUUCCAAGGCAGCUGGCUCGGUCAUUUCUUUCCGCUCGACUCUCCCACAUGGAUGAUUACGGAGUCGGCUGUUCCAGCACAUGCAUAUGCAGACGCACAGCAUUUUUUUUGUUGUUGUUGAGAUUUUCCCUCCUUUUCAUGGAUUGUGCUGCCAUUCGUGUUAGUAUGAAACAAACAAGCAAAAAUUGACGACGCCGAGACGAACGAAAAGGAACAAAGCAAACCAGUUGUUAAACAUUUCUUCAUUCUACUACGCACGGACAUCAUGGAGAAUGAGGGAUCUGAUUCAUUAUUAAUUUUAUUAAUUAUAUUUUCUGAUAUGAGCCUAGAACGGUUAGUUCAUAAAAAAAAACAAAAAAAAAAAGAGAAGUAUGUUUAUUAAGCAUUAAAAUCAAAACAAACAGAUAGUGUUCUUCUUAACUAGGUGUGCAAGAGGUGGCAUCUCAGCUUGUCUUAGGGUUUUUGCAAAAUUGGUGUGAACAGUCAACGAGUCCUGGGGGGAAAAGAAAGUGUUUUUACAAACAAUUCCUCCACCAGCGUUAUUGAAACUUCAUCCAUUUCUCUGGUAUUUAACGCAGAAGAUACUAUGCUAUCUACAUACUGUUUUGGAAAAGAUGAUGCUCACUGUAUGUUGAGUUGGAUGGAUAUGCUUAUUCUUUUUAUGGGAUAUAUACAUAUAUAUAUAUAUAUAUAUACACACAUAUAUAUAUAUUAUUAUUUUUUUGUUAGCGUUCUAGCCACAUUAUUUCUCAGCAGAGUCCUUCUUCUGCCAUUCCUGCAUGCUAUAUAUGGACUUAGCUGUGUAUUGGUCUUCUUCUAAGAGAUGAUAGAGUUUCUUGAUGAUUGUGUAAUCAAUUCCUGCCUAUUAUUUUGUCCCCACCUUCCCUUGGGUUAUUUACAGGUUGGAGACACUUAUUAAAAAAACAACAACAAACAAACAAACAAAAAAGGAAAAGUAACAGCUGCAGUGUCUCUUUGCAGGUUUGGCUAUUCCAAGGGGAAACCGUGUAUAACAAGAAGUAUUUGUCAUUCCCCCUUUUCGACACAGCUUGGGACAUUAACACAACAACACUGCAAACAGAAAAAGUCAACAGAAAAGAAACAAAACCCAUCACCCACCUUUGAUUUGGCCAUUGGCUGGUUCUAUGACACUUGUGUGGCUAUGGGAGAAAUUAACUUGCUUUAUUUUAUUAUUUUGUUUCCUUCUUGGUGGACGAAACUGAAGAAACGUGCUUCGCGUCGAGGUUCUGGGAUAGUCCCGUGGCCAGAGGCCCUCCGGUGUCCUUGACUUGUUUGGGGGGGACGAGAGGGGGAGGUUGUCUCUGACUAUACAUUAAAAAGAUGUUCCAUGUUGCUGUU